GAGAAAACAGAUCUCUCUGUCUCAACUCAAACAAUCAAAAGCCCUAGUAAAACCCUAGCCCCCAAAGCCCUUGUGCCAUUGAGCCGUUAUAUAAAUCCUUCACUCGCUCCUUGAGAAGACGAAUUUGAGAUUGCCUCUGCAAAGAGUAAAAUGGCGAAUCCUAAAGUCUUCUUCGACAUCUUGAUUGGUAAGAUGAAGGCAGGGCGUGUUGUAAUGGAGUUAUUUGCAGAUGUGACUCCGAGAACAGCUAAUAAUUUCCGUGCUUUGUGCACUGGGGAGAAUGGUAUUGGGAAAGCAGGGAAGGCUUUACACUACAAAGGCUCAGCCUUUCACCGUAUAAUCCCAGGGUUCAUGUGUCAAGGUGGAGAUUUCACUCGUGGGAAUGGAACUGGAGGAGAAUCUAUUUACGGGUCUAAAUUUGAAGAUGAGAACUUCAAGUUGAAGCACACUGGUCCAGGGAUUUUGUCUAUGGCUAACUCUGGUCCCAACACUAAUGGUUCUCAGUUCUUCAUCUGCACAGAGAAGACUUCGUGGCUUGAUGGGAAACAUGUUGUUUUCGGGAAAGUUGUUGAUGGAUACAAUGUGGUCAAGGCAAUGGAGGAUGUUGGCUCUGACAUGGGAAAUCCUUCUGAACGAGUUGUGAUUGAAGAUUGUGGUGAGCUCAAGAACCCAAGUUCAUAAGUUCUUAAAACAUUGGGUGGGUUGAUCUUGACAGGUUAUUCUAUCAUAUGCUGUGAAGCAGAGACAGCAUCUUAGCGUUAAGGUCAAUCUAGUCUGUGAUGCACUACUUUGGUUUUGACUAUAUCAUAUGAACCUUAGGAAGUGGUCCAUCCUUGUAAGUUGUUUUCUUAAAACUCUUGUGUGAGAAUAGGAUGGAUGAUAAUAAUGGUUAGUUUCUUUAUGAAGACAUUUGGUUUUGUAGCUUUCUUAUUUUGGUGUAGUUAAUAUGAAUGAACCAAACUCUUCUUAGGACUCAUUUGCGAAUAUGUAUCCAAAAUUGCUGACUUUUCGAAUUGGGCAGAUUUCACUUCAUAUGCAGAACAAGAUAAACUUUCUGAUCAUGUGAUGAUAAAUAUUGUUUAGCCAACGCAUCACACAUUUC